AUGGCGAAGAAAAAGAAACAAAUUCAUGUGAACAUAAUUGAUCUGCAAAAGUACUACCAGAAAGAUGAUCUCAUAAUUGAUGCCAAGCUACCUGAACCCAACAGAGCAGACGACAGAAGGAAAAAGAUUUUUGAGCAGAAUGAGUUUGUUCAGAACAUUGAAUGGCGGGUUCUAGAUGCAGAUGGCCAAAAUAACAGAGGAAACGAUAAUUUUAAUCGGAGAGAUGAUAACAGGAAUAAGAAUGCCCCAUUUGAUAGAGGCCAUGAGAGGAAGGGAGAGUUCUCUCCCCACAGGCGUCAGAGGAGUAAGAAUAGGUUUAACGCCCCGGGUGGCUACGAAGACGACGAUGCAGACUUCGCCAAUAUUAGAAACAAGAGAGACGAUGACGUAGACUUCGCCAAUCUUAGAAGCAAGAGAGACGACGAUGCAGAUUUCGCCAACGUUAGAAGCAAAAGAGACGAUGACGUAGACUUCUCCAACGUUAGAAGCAAAAGAGACGAUGACGUGGACUUCGCCAAUCUUAGAAACAAAAGAGACGAUGACGUAGACUUCGCCAAUCUUAGAAACAAAAGAGACGAUGACGUAGACUUCUCCAACGUUAGAAGCAAAAGAGACGAUGACGUAGACUUCUCCAACGUUAGAAGCAAAAGAGACGAUGACGUAGACUUCUCCAACGUUAGAAGCAAAAGAGAUGAUGACGUAGACUUCGCCAAUCUUAGAAACAAAAGAGACGACGAUGCAGAUUUCGCCAAUGCUAGGGGCAGGCGGGACGAUGACGACGUGGAUUUCGCCAAUCUUAGAAACAAAAGAGACGAUGACGUCGAUUUUGGCAAUGUGCGAAACAAAAGGAAUGGCGACGUGGACUUCUCCAGUGCUAGGAGCAAGCGGGACGACGACAUCGAUUUCGCCAAUGCUAGGGGCAGGCGGGACGACGACGUUGACUUUGCAAACGUGAGAGCUAAACGGGACGACGACAUCGUCUUCGGCAACCGUAGAAGCAAGAGGGACGAAGACGUCGACUUCGCCAACGUGAGAGCCAAACGGGACGACGAAGCGACAAGGGGAAAUGCCUCGACCAGCGAGAAGCCAUAUCACCUUAUACGACUACAGGAGCUGAGGAAACGGAAAAAGCUCCAGGAGAACGCCAAGGACAGCCCGAUGGCAAGUAGCCCGAACGGGGAUAUCCAUUGUGACUCCCAGGAGGAGAAGAAGAAGCCCGAGGAAAGCGCCAAAACAGAAGACGAGAAGCCUCAGGAAACGGCCAAGACAGAAGCGGAGGAAAAGGCCAAAACUGAGGCGGAGCAGGAGGAAAGGGCAAAGAAGGAAGCUGAAGAAAAGGCAAAGAAGGAAGCUGAAGAGAAGGCAAAGAAGGAGGCUGAAGAGAAGGCAAAGAAGGAGGCUGAAGAGAAGGCAAAGAAGGAGGCGCUGAAGAGAAGGCAAAGAAGGAGGCUGAAGAGAAGGCAAAGAAGGAGGCUGAAGAGAAGGCAAAGAAGGAGGCUGAAGAGAAGGCAAAGAAGGAGGCUGAAGAGAAGGCCAAGAAAGAAGCGGAAGAAAAGGCCAAGAAAGAAGCGGAAGAAAAGGCCAAAAAGGAGGCUGAAGAACGGGCCAAAAAGGAGGCUGAUAAAAAGGCUAAAGAGGACGCUGAAGAAGAGGCCACCAAGGAGGGAGAAGCGAAGGGGGACGCCAAAGAAGAAGUUCGUGCCGAAGAGAGUCCUAAUGUACCAGAUGGAGCAGAAGCAGAAGGAGGAGCAGAUGCAGAAGAUUCUAGAGGAGCAGAAAAAGCAGAGGGAGAUGAAAUUGCAGCUGCUUAAGAGCAGAAGCCAAGGGUCGUCAACGUUUAUACCCACGGCGAAGCUGUUGCAAAUGGAGGCCCAAAAGGAGGCCAAGAAGGAGGUGCUCGAUGGGACAGAAGAGGGCUCUAAAGGAGCAGCAACCCCCAGCAAAGCGGAAUCCCCCAUAAGAGGGGAACUUCCCAGUAGAGCGGAAUCCCCCAACAAAGCAGACUAUCUAAGAGGUGGCACCCCCAAAAUGAGACCCACCAAUGAACAAAAGAAAAGCGCCACGAUGAUUAAACGAGCCAAUCACAUAGAACAAAAGAAUGUAAAAAGUAUAAUCGAAGAAAUUGCCGAAAAAACAGAAAACGCAAAAAUUGUAGAGAAAAUGGAUAUCGAGGAAGUCACCAAGAAGAGACGAGAAGAGUUGUACAAAAAGCAACUCGAAAAAAUCACUAGAAGAAAUGAAGAAAAUACAAAAUAUAAUCAUAUAUACAAACAUGACUUGGAUAGUAUUAAGAGGUUCUACUUGGAUCUCAAGAACAGGAUUGAGAAUGACCGCUCGAUCAGUCAAGAUGAAUGUGUGGAUUUGUGUUCCACCCUCCAAACGGACGAAUGCAACUACCUGGAAAGCCACGUGCCCCUCUUCGUGACGAUAACCGUUUUUAUUUUGAGUCUUACUCAGAAUUGUGCCGACGAGGUGUACCUGAAGAAGGCGGCCAAUUUGAGGCUCCUGCUUCUUCACCUGAAGGAGAGCAGCAAAAUUGAGAACCACGACGAGUACAUCCUAAACGACGUCGUAAAGCUUUGUGAUGAACUGAAGUACCCGCACCUGUCUGAGGAGACCUCCCUGGUGGAAGCUGCCUUCGACGCGCUUCUCUUUUCCGGCGUUAUCUCCAAGGGGUCAUUUGUGAAGUGGUUUGACGAGGACAACGCCGACUCGGAGCUAAAGAGCAAAGCCAUGCUACAGCUGAUAUACUGGCAUAGAUGGCUCACCGAGGAAGAGCCGCAGGAUGUUGAAGACGAAGAAGAGGAAGCUGAAUUGGAGAUUGAAGAAGCGGAGGAUGCGGAACCUAAAAAUGAAGACGACAUGCAGGAAAACCUCCCCAAGAGUUAUUUGUUCAAAAAGAUAAAAAAAAAAAUAUUCUGA